AUGAGCUCGCGGGUGAUGAUGCUGGUGGUCCUGGUAGUGGUGGCUCUGGUGGCGCUGGGGGCGUGCUCAAGCGCCUCAGCCGCUACCCUUCGACUUGCCAACAUCGGCUACUCUCGCGGCGAUGACGUCUUCCGUGGCCUCGGCGCCAUGGCUGCGGGCCGCAACGAGCGCGCUUGUGGCUCGGGCAACACACCGGCGAUUGAUCUUUAUAGGGCGCGAGUUGCUCGGCUGCCGGACGAUGCUGACGCUAAGGUCUUUGACGCAGCCGUCGUCUGGUUCGAGGUUGCCGAGUGCGAGGCUAGCGGCUCGGUCCGGGCCGUCAUGGCGCUUGCCAACGGGCCGCAGAGCGAUCCCGACUAUGCCAACCGCACCGAUCUGGCUGUCGUUGGUACCGCCGGCGAUGUUAUACCGGCAGCAUGCGGCUCGGGCGCCAACGGCAACAUCACCUUUACGCUGCCGUCCGACACACUGCUCGGCCCGUACACGCUCCAAAUCGAGUACACCUACACGCCGCCCACCUCCACCAACGGCACUGCCCCGCCACCGACCGUCAUCAUCCAGUGUGCCGAUGUGACGGUGGACAAGUUCAAGUCUGCUGCAUCCGCCCUCGCGCCCUCCGUCUCGGCCACUCUUCUCCUUGCCCUCACCCUUGCCAUCACCCUAUCGAUCUAG